CCUCCGAUCUCCCUUAUAUUUCCACUUUUCCUUCUGCUAAGCUAUCGCAGCUCACUCAAGUGACUGAGAGACCGAGGGGAAGCAAAGAGAAAAGAUGUGGAGCUCUAAAUCAUUGGCGGUGGCUCUGCUAUGGAGCGUGGUGCUAUUCGGAACCCUAGCUCUCAGCCAGGCGAAGAAAUCCGACGAGAAUUUGAAGGAGAUCACCAAUAAAGUUUAUUUUGACAUAGAGAUCAACGGAAAGCCCGCCGGCCGAAUUGUCAUGGGUCUCUUCGGCAAGGCUGUUCCUAAAACUGUAGAGAAUUUUAGAGCUUUGUGCACAGGUGAAAAAGGUAUCGGGAAGAGUGGGAAGCCUCUGACCUACAAAGGCAGCUCAUUCCACAGGAUUAUUCCUAGUUUCAUGAUCCAAGGAGGUGACUUUACCCAUGGCGAUGGAAGAGGUGGAGAAUCUAUUUACGGGGAGAAGUUUGCUGACGAGAACUUUAAGUUGAAGCACACUGGCCCUGGUCUUCUGUCAAUGGCGAAUGCUGGUAAAGACACCAAUGGCUCACAAUUCUUCAUCACCACUGUCACAACUAGCUGGCUGGAUGGCAGGCAUGUUGUAUUCGGGAAAGUGAUAUCUGGAAUGGAUGUGGUGUACAAGAUUGAAGCUGAAGGAAGGCAAGAUGGUACACCCAAGGCCAAGGUUGUGAUUGCAGACAGCGGUGAACUGCCUCUAUAAGUGCCUCGGUUUUGCCUUUUGCUGUUCUAGGUGCCCCCACAGUUGUCAGUGCUUUAGACUCUCAUAAGCUUGCUCUCAACUCUUGUACACCUGAGGCGUUGUGGGAGAUGUAGCCUGAACCUUUGAUAAUCCUUUUGUAGUGCUGUCGUUAAUGCUAGAUGUUCGCAGAACAGAACAAUCCUUCAUCAUAUGCAAGUUGAAUGUUCUUAGUCCAAGGUUUAAAGAUGAUUUGGGUUUGGCUUUAUUAGUGACAACUUUGUCUUCUGUGCUUCCCCGAGAGUUUGAGAUCAGAAUUUCGGCUAAAUGACAUAUUGUCAAAAACUCUUCCGG